AUGCGUUUACCUAGCCUUUUUGGUCGAUUCGUACCAUUCAUUGCCGUCGCGGCUGCUAACGUUAUCAAUAUUCCUUGUAUGCGCCGGAAUGAGCUUACUGAGGGAAUUACCAUCACCGAUGCUGAUGGUCAAUUUUUGGGUAAAUCGUCUAUCGCCGCUCGUUAUGCUAUUGCUCAAGUCGUCUGUUCACGUAUCACAAUGUGCAUGCCUGGCAUGAGUAAGUGA